UAAACUCAUAUUGUGAUUAAUAAUAAAUAUAUAUAAAAAGUUAUUGAUUUAUAUAGCUUGUUAUACUUUAUUAACUCCUAAAUAGAACUUAAAGCUAUGCAAGACUUCACAAGUAUAUUGAACAUUAUAUUCAUUAUAAGCGGGGGUGUGUUAACUUUCGUGAUCCUAUUCAUUUUCGCAAAAAGACAAAUAACAAGAUUCGCCCUUCGAUCCAGGCGAGGCCCUCAUAUACCCAUUGGUGCGGCAGCGAAAAAGUGCUUAAAGAGAGAAAUAGAACGUCGUAUAGAAGCAGUUCCUCGGAUCACGCACGAACCACGCCUGCUAUGUGCUGAGCCCUCACACUACAUACUUGAACCACAGCAGCCUUAUCACUAUAGGUUCCGUGCCGUUGAUGAUGUUAAAACAUUAGACGAAAUAGCUCGUCAAGAUCCCGUCCUGAAACGUCAUUCGCGCGAGUCUCUCCGAGCAUUUCUCCUGUCGUCUCUUGCGGCACCCCUAGAUGGUCGAGGUCAGAAGUUGGUCCACCAAUUCUGUGACGCUUACGAGUCAGCGAGACACCACCCCGCCGAAUUUGGCGAAGAUGAGUACAGAUCGUACAGUCGGUUGCUAUUGAAACUCCUGGAUGCUGCCCGACUGCUGAAGAGCGUGUCGUGCGUGGGCGGCGCGCGUGCCAGCCCGCAGCGCCGCCCCGCGCGCCUGCUGGAGCCCGCGCGCCCGCGCCCUGCGCCGCGCCCCGCCAACCACUACACCGCGCUAGAGAACAUGCCGGUGGAGGCAAAACUCGAAGAGGAGGUGCUCCGGGUCCCAGUAAGGAGCCCUACCGAGCCGCUGGUCAAGGCGCCAGCCGAUGAGACUGCUCUCUGAGCCCGGCGCGCGCGGCACGACGCGCAGACAUUGUAGAUACACAGACACCCUAGGGUGGUGCAUGACUUCACCAUAUGGCUGUACCAGUGGAAGUGAACAUAAACAACAGUGCAGCAUUAACUACAGUGGGACAUUAUCACAUGUAACAAUUUAAAAGGAGGUGUUUUACAUACGAAAUGGAAAAACAUACUCCUUUACUUUUUAUUUGAUUUUAUUUGUUGAAUAAAUAUGAUUGAUCAAUGAGAUAAACGUCAUCUCCCUUUUGGUAAAACGUUUCU